UGAAAGGAAAAAAAAAGAGAGACUGAAAUUUAAAAAUUACCCGUUUGAGGCUCUCCAAGGAAACACAAGGGCACAUCCUGCAAAUCCUUUAACCAUUUCUGGUAGCUUUUUUCCUCUAUCUUCUUGGUUUCUGAAGCCUAUUCGAGCUCGAAUUUUCGAUUGAGUCUGUAAAAAAUUCGUGAAAUAGACCAUCUUUGACCCCAUGAAGCUGGUUGACGGUUAGGGCUUCGUUUCUGGUGCAGUUAGGGCUUUUCGACAAAUUGAUGGCGGCUGCAAAUCCUCAGCCUUUGCAAGCGCGUCCUUUCCAGGAUCAUGUCCAAGUUCCUACAAUGAUGGGGGAUGACGACGUUGAAUAUGAAGAUGGUGGUGGUGGGGGUGGUGACGUUAUGGAUGAUGUCGAGGAGGCUCAUAUGGCCUCGGUGAGCGUCGCGAACCUUGGAGGGGUGGUCAUGGCGUCUAGAACUAGUGAACUUACGCUUUCGUUCGAAGGCGAGGUUUACGUUUUCCCCGCAGUUACUCCCGAAAAGGUACAAGCUGUGCUCCUACUUCUGGGAGGGCGUGAUGUGCCAACUGGUGUACCUACAAUGGAAGUACCAUACGAUCAUAAUAACAGGGGUAUGGUUGACACCCCAAAGCGCUCCAAUUUAUCACGAAGAAUAGCCUCCCUGGUUAGGUUUCGUGAAAAACGGAAAGAGAGAUGUUUUGACAAGAAAAUUAGGUACACUGUACGGAAAGAGGUUGCACAAAGGAUGCACCGUAAGAAUGGCCAGUUUGCAUCAUUGAAGGAAAGUUCAGGUGCUUCAAGUUGGGAAUCAGCACAUAGUUGCCUCCAAGAUGGCACCCGUUCUGAAACUGUUUUGCGGAAAUGUCAACAUUGUGGUGUCAGUGAAAACAAUACACCUGCAAUGCGUCGUGGGCCUGCCGGACCGAGAACUUUAUGCAAUGCAUGCGGUUUGAUGUGGGCAAACAAGGGCACGUUGAGAGAUCUCAGCAAGGGAGGGAGAAAUACGUCUCUGGAUCAUAUGGAACCUGAAACCCCAAUGGAUAUCAAACCCACAAUCAUGGAGGGAGAAUUUUCGGGUAUCCAGGAUGAACAUGGAACUCCUGAGGAUCCUGGUAAAACUAUGACUGAAGGCUCCAGCAAUCCUUCCAUUGACCCAGAUGAGGAAGAUCUAAAUCAAACCACCGGAGACCUUACAAAUUCGUUGCCCAUAAGAAUUGUCAAUCAUUCAGCAAAUAGUGAUGAGCAGGAACCUCUUGUUGAACUUGCUAAUCCUUCGGAUACGGAUCUAGACAUCCCCACUAACUUUGAUUAGAAGAUGUCAAAAGUUACUAUCAACAAUGGAGUGGCAGUUAGGAGUUAGGACUUGUAUAAUUACAAAAAAUGUCCAUGACAUAAGGUUCAAGUGUGCAGUGGGUCAUCUUUUGGCCGGGGAGGUUGCACGCUGCUUUCAGCUGACGUUAGAUCGUCUUAACAAUUGCUGCCAGAAUCUGUUUUGUGUUCGUUCACUGUACGAGUCGAGUUGUUAGGGGAUACGCUUUGAGUUCUUCCAUCACAGUGUAUGAUUGUGAGUGAUUCAUUUGGUAGGGGCUACUCUUGAUUCAAUUUUAUUGGAAGUCUGCUUCCAUCAUUUACCGUCAUAAUGAUGAAGGGAUCAAAUGCUUGUGGUGUUUGUAUCUUAAGAUAGACCUUUGUUUUGCUUCUAAAUUAUAAUAUUAUAUACGAUGACUUGUGAAGCAAAUUGCUAAUAGAAUAAACUUGCUUCCUUACCAGCCUAUGUAGUUUAGAAUAUGAUGGGAUGCGAAUCGCAAAAUUAGGAAGUUUUUACUUUUCUUGUUUUGUUAUUGAAGUUGGAACAUUGAUGUUAUACCUGAAAUAAGAGAUUUAAAAUAUAA